CUCACGUUAUCACAUUAGUGGAUCUUCAGCUUGAGGAACAGAGGGACAGACUCUAAUGCUCAGAGUGAGGAUGUGGCGUGUGUGUGUCGCGUGUGUGUUUGCACUUCUGUCCGUCACGUGUGCUCGUCCGCAGCUUCCCACACAUGAUGAGAUGAUCAGCUUCAUCAAUGCAGCCAGAAGCACAUGGACGGCGGGUGUCAAUUUUGAGAAUGUGCCAAAUGAGUAUCUGAAAUCUCUAUGUGGGACGGUUCUGAAGGGCCCGAAACUGCCACAUACUGUGAAACACUCCACAAACAUGAAGCUUCCAGACAGUUUUGACCCACGAGACCAGUGGCCUAACUGUAAGACCCUCAGCCAGAUCCGAGACCAGGGGUCCUGUGGCUCCUGCUGGGCGUUCGGUGCAGUGGAGUCCAUCUCUGACCGUAUCUGCAUCCACAGUAAAGGGAAGCAGUCUCCGGAGAUCUCAGCUGAAGAUCUGCUGUCCUGCUGUGAUCAGUGUGGAUUUGGCUGUUCUGGAGGUUUUCCAUCUGAAGCCUGGGAUUAUUGGAGAAGAUCUGGCCUCGUGACUGGAGGACUGUACAACUCAGAUGUGGGCUGCAGGCCGUACUCCAUCGCUCCCUGUGAGCAUCAUGUGAACGGGACUCGACCGCCAUGUUCAGGUGAACAGGACACACCCAAAUGCACAGGAGUUUGUAUCCCAAAAUACAGCAUCCCCUACAAACAGGACAAACACUUCGGCUCUACAGUGUACAACGUCCCGUCCGACCAGCAGCAGAUCAUGACUGAACUUUACACCAACGGCCCAGUAGAGGCGGCGUUUACUGUUUAUGAGGACUUUCCGCUGUAUAAGAGCGGUGUUUAUCAGCACCUCACUGGUUCUGCUCUCGGUGGCCACGCAGUGAAGAUCCUCGGCUGGGGAGAAGAAAACGGGACGCCCUUCUGGCUGGUGGCAAAUUCCUGGAAUUCAGACUGGGGAGACAAUGGUUAUUUUAAGAUCCUGAGAGGCCAUGAUGAAUGUGGGAUUGAGAGUGAGAUGGUGGCUGGACUUCCCAAGCUCUGAACACACACACACACA